AUGGAGAAAUCUGUUGGACCUGAUCGGAUAGCUGAGAAACAGAAUACAAUUCCUCCACAAGAUGAUAAGCUCAACUGCAUUACUGCCCAAGCUCAAGCUGCCGAAGCUUCCGCUGCUGAUGCAAAUGGACAGUCGGUGGUUGAUGAUGACAGGGAGGGAUCAUUGCACAACGUUCAAACGACAAUUGCAGGCCAAGACCAUGCACAUAAUUGUGAAGGGUCCCAUAAUCUAGUGGAGCAAAUCUUGGGAGAUGUUCAACAGCAAAUGGCCGACACUACCACAUUGAUUAUUCAUAAUGCCGACAAUCAUAGUUGGAACAAAGGUGAAGGGUCCCAACCUGUUGAGGAGAAGCACUUGGGAGGUGAACAUCUUCAACAGUCCGACACCACUGAGCUUGAAACUCUUUAUGUCGACUUGUGUGGGGUCGAGGAGGAAGAUUCCAAAUCCGAUGCGGUUGAUGAAGCAGCUUUGCCAACUACAGCAGGGAAUUUAUCUCCAAGAUUAGUUGAAACAAGUGAGAGGUCAGUGGAGCCAUCAAUUAACACUUUAAACAUUGACCAAUCUAUAGCUAUGGAGAGGGAUUGCCGACAAGAAAAGGUUAAAGGUGUGCGAGCUUACUUCCCAUCCGACAGACAGCUACGUUCGACAACAUCAUCCCAUAACUCAUUCCAGUUUGUCGUGAUUUGUGAACCAAAGUUAGACGAGUCCAAAAUUGAGUCCAUUCGUCUACAAUUAUUAUUUGAUCAUACCUUUGUUAAUAACUCGGGUGAUAUUUGGGUAUUCUAUAGUAGUCCUUUUAUGUGUUCCAUUGUGGGUAGAUCGGAGCAGCAUAUUUCUAUACAUGUCCAAAGCCAAUUGCUUUCUUCUCCAAUCGUCAUGUCUUUUGUUCAUGCUAAAUGCUCAGUGCAGGAGCGCCGUGUCUUAUGGUAUACCUUAUUAAAUGAUAAGCCAAUUUCUCUUCCUUGGUGCAUUGGGGGUGAUUUUAAUGUUAUAUUAGCACCUCAUGAAAAACGAGGGGGACGUCCAUUUGCUAUAGCGGAGGGGAUGGAAUUCAUGUCUUUUAUGGAAGAGGCCAGAGUUUUUGACGUAGGAUUUUCAGGAGCUAGCUUCACAUGGUCUAACAAUCGGAGAGGAAGAGCUCGGGUUUCAAAGAGGUUGGAUAGGUUUUUAGUCAAUGGGGCUUGUUUGGAUCUCUCAAACGCAAUUUCUGUGCUUCACCUAGCAAGACAUCCUUCAGAUCAUGCACCGUUGAAAAUUUCAUUUAAGGAGAGAUCAGAUCAUACGCCACGGCCUUUCAGAUUUUUGAACGUCUGGACAACCAAAUCUGAACUCUUGGAGGUAAUUCGAUAUGCUUGGAAUCAAGAUGUGUCUGGUCCUCCAUUGCGUGUUUUGAGCUCUAAACUUUUGGCAACGAGGAGGGCUAUUCAAACUUGGAACAAGCAACACUUUGGGAAUGUAUUUGAUGCUGUUCGUUCUGCGGAAAUGGGGGUUCAACGCGCAGAGGAAGCUAUGGAUCAAUAUGCAUCGGAGGAAUGUCAGGUUGAGCUUAGCAAGGCUCAGGCGGAGUUGCGACAUGCAUUGUCAAUUGAAGAACAAUUUUGGAGCCAAAAAGCCAGGGUCAAAUGGCUUAAACACGGAGAUCGUAAUUCAAGGUAUUUUCAUGCGGUAGUAAGACAGAGACGGGCUCAAGGAAUGAUUCACCGCAUCAAAAAGUCAAACGGUGUUUGGGUGGACAAGAAUGAUGAUAUAGCAACUGAGGCAAUAACAUAUUUUUCUGACUUAUUCACGUGUUCUUUAGAGUCAUCUUCCGAUUUGCGGUACCUAAUUCCAUCCAUAAUCUCGGAAGAGGACAACGAAAAAUUGGAAGAGGUUCCUUCGAUUGAAGAAGUCUAUCGAGUCGUGAGAUCAAUGGAUGGGGACAGUGCUGCGGGCCCAGAUGGUUUCACAGGUAAAUUUUUUACAUUUGCCUGGGAAGUUGUCGCCCAAGAUGUAUAUAAUGCAAUACUCAGUUUUUUCUGUGGGGCAGAGUUGCCGCGAUUCAUCACAUCUACCUCCAUUGUGUUAAUUCCGAAGAUGCCAAAUCCUCAGGAUUUUUCUCAAUAUAGGCCCAUCAGUCUGUGUAACUUCUUCAACAAAUUAUUAUCCAGGAUCUUAGCUGAUAGAAUUGCUUAUGUUCUGCCCAAAAUUAUUUCACCCCAGCAGACAGGCUUUGUGAAGAGGCGCAAUAUAACAGAUAAUUUUCUGCUAGCUCAGGAGAUAGUUUCGGGUAUUGGGAAAAAAAAUAGAGGAGGCAAUGUGGUAAUGAAGCUUGACAUGUCUAAGGCUUAUGACCGGGUGGCAUGGGAUCAUAUUAUUGAUGUUCUCAGGAGGUUUGGCUUCGGAGAAAUAUUUAUUGAUUUAGUAUGGCGAUUGAUCUCUAAUGUCUGGUUUUCGGUCAUUUUAAAUGGGGCAUCUCAUGGUUUUUUUAAAUCUACGAGAGGCCUCCGUCAGGGUGAUCCUUUAUCGCCUGCUUUAUUCAUUAUAGGGGCUGAGGUGUUAUCUAGAGGACUGAAUAACCUUGCCAUGCAAUCGGGUUUUGUGGGAUUCAAAGUCCCGUAUGCAUGUCCUACUAUAACUCAUUUGGCGUUUGCGGAUGAUGUUCUCAUAUUUGCAAACGGAUCCUCUUAUUCUCUAAAGGUUAUCAUGCAGGUGCUAGAGGCUUAUCAAAGGUGUUCGGGUCAGCUAAUAAAUGUGCUAAAAACUUGUUACCUGGUUCAUCCAUCUUUACCACCGGCAAGACGAAGGGUGAUUGAACGUAUCACCAAGUUUACCUGGCAACCAUUUCCAAUUCGGUAUUUGGGUUGCCCCCUUUACUUUGGGAGAUGCAAAUCAUCAUAUUUUGGAGAAGCGUGUCAGUCUAUUCUAGGGAGAAUUAUAUCAUGGAAAUCAAGGAUGCUUUCCUUUGGAGGUAAGAUAGUUCUAAUCAAACAUGUCUUGGCAUCGAUGCCAGUACAUCUGAUGUCGGCUGCGGUUAUCCCGAGUAAGACACCUUCAUCCUUGUCAGGUAGAAAUCAAGGCAAUGGACUCCGCACUCUGGCGCAGGAUGGUCAAUGUGAGUCGACAAGUGGAAUUCUCUAUGCUAUGGAUUGCAAAAGACGGCGCUUGUCAUUUUUGGUACGACAAUUGGUUGGGGGUGGUGCUUUGUUCCACCAAGCGACCGUUGUCCCACAUUUGUCUUUUGCUAAUUUCAUCAUCAAUGGACACUGGGAUGUGAAUUUGUUAUAUCAGAUAAUGCCGAGGGAAAUGGUGCCCUCUAUUUUAGAGCACCCGAUUCCAGAAGAAGGGGGUGAAUCUGAAGUCAUUUGGACGCUCACAACAUCUGGAAACUUCUCUAUAGCUUCGGCAUUUCGGGAUAUUAGGCAGGCCCGCAACAAGUCUAUGGUCUUUAAUACAAUUUGGCAUUCUCAGCUCCCUUUCAAAGUUUCAUUCUUCAUGUUACGAUUGUUGCUGGGGAGACUGCCGGUUCCAGAUCGGUUAUGUAAACUUGGUUUACAUUUACCCUCAAAGUGUUUUUGCUGUGCUUCGGCAUCUGAGGAAUCAAUUGAACAUUUAUUUUCUACUGGCCAUAUAGCGUCGACAGUUUGGCACUAUUUUGGAGCUUCAUGUGGUUUGUCCUUUCCAGGGUCAUCUUUGAGGCCCCGUAUAGUUGGUUGGUGGCUCAACUCAUAUGAUUCUGAAAUGCAACGAUUUAUUGGGCACAUUCUACCCAGCAUUGUCUGUUGGCAGAUUUGGAAAGCAAGGAAUAAAGCAAUGUUUGAGGAUGUUCAGAUGAGGCCGCUUGCCAUUUGUCGUGCCAUUUUCUCGGAAAUCCAGACCAUGGUGGGAAUUCAUUUCAAACAAGUGUUCAGAGUACAGUCAUUUCAUCAUUUGUAUGAUUGGUCGUAUUCUUCUCAUACUGAGGUUACAUACAAACUUGUUCGCUGGGAAGCAAAGGAAUCCGAUCGGUUCAUAUUAAAUACGGAUGGCUGUUCUAAGGGCAAUCCAGGAGUGAGUGGAGGCGGUGGGGUUCUUCGGGAUUCAAAUGGCAUACCUUUGAUUGGUUUUUCGGCAUAUCUUGGGGAAACUACAAGUCUAUGUGCAGAGGUUCGGGCACUCCUUAUUGGUCUUCAAACUUGUGUACAUAGGGGUUUUCAAAAUCUCUAUGUUCAAUCGGAUUCUUUAUUAUUAGUUGGAAUUCUUCAGAAUCGCAUUCAAUGCCCCUGGAAGAUUCGACGAGAGAUUAGGCAGAUUUGGCAGUUGGUGAAAGAUCCUGAUCGUUUUUCGCAUUGCUAUAGGGAAGCUAACAAAGUUGCUGAUGUGUUGUCCAAUGUGGGCGUAUUUCAUCCAGAGCAUCAAGUCAAGCUUUACGAGGCCUUUAAUUCGUUCCCAACUAUGGCUCGUGGGGCCAUUCGACUUGAUAGAUUAGGAAUGCCUUCAAUUCGGAAAAGUAAGCGUAUGAAGGGCUGA